AUGCUGCUCAUCGACUGCUUCCGCCGGCCAUCGCACGAACUGCAGGCAAGGAAAAAGCAGUCCUCCAAGGAGAUGGUGCAGAUGCGCAAGUCGAUCCGCGAUCCGGUAAAGAUCCUGCUGCUAGGAGCCGGCGAAUCCGGGAAAACCACCAUCAUCAAGCAGAUGAAAAUUUUACACAUACAAAACAGCUACAGUUUUGAUGAACGGUUGGAGAAGCUGGCGGACAUCUAUGAGAACAUACACGAGUCGAUUUACGAGCUUGUCCGGCAGGUCGUUUUACUGGAUCUCGAGUUCGAUUCCGUCACCAACCAGCGCUGUGCGGAGUAUAUCCUGCGAAUGGGCUCCCAAGCUCCCUGGAAUCUCUCGACAGAGUACGUGCAGUGCGUCCGGCGACUCUGGUCCGACACGGGGGUCAAACGAUGCUACAAACGUUCGAAUGAAUUUCAUCUGAUAGACAGUGUGAAAUAUUUUUUGGAUCGAGUGGAAAAGAUCUCAAUGCCGGGGUACAUUCCGACGAACAGUGACAUUCUGAACUGCCGCAAAACGACGACCGGUAUUCAGGAGACCCGGUUCAAUGUGCGCAUGGCCAACUCGAUGGGUGGCGGUGUGCAGGAGUUUCGCAUGUUCGACGUCGGCGGCCAGCGUCACCAUCGGAGCAAAUGGAUGCAAGCCUUCGAAGGAGUGCACGCGGUACUGUUCCUCAUAUCCUGCGCCGGUUUCGAUCAAACGCUGCGCGAGGAUCCGAAACAGAACCGCCUUUCGGAAGGGUUCGAGCUGUUCCGAGGGGUUUGGCACAAUCGCUUUCUGGCCGAAACCGGUGUGAUUGUGUUUCUAAACAAGCAGGACUUGCUGGAGCAGAAACUGCUGGCGGGGAAAUCGAUAAGGACCUACUUUCCCGAGUACGACGAUUACGUUGCGUUCGCUGAUAAGGAUCAGCUGUACGAUGAGUUGGUGCGCACGCGAUCUUUUAUCAGGUCCAAAAUGGUGGAUAUUACCAACGAACCACCAAGAAGAACCUCACACCUUAUCGGACGAAAGCGUACCUGUUACUUUCACUAUACGGUUGCCACCGACACCCAAAACGUGCGAACCGUUUUUAGCGACGUGCACAGUAUCAUCCUGACGAGAAACCUGUCCAAAGUUGAUGUGUUGUAAUGCCAAGAUCUGCAAAGACUAUCUAAAUAGUAUAC